AUGAACGACUUCCGCCACAUCGCCGAUUACUUCCUCACGUACGGUUAUAUACCCGCACCAGCUACCCAGCAGCAGCCCAAGGGCAUCAACGUCAAGGGUGUAAAAAUCAAUUGUCUCGGUGACCAGAAGAUGCUCCAUAAGCCGCCCUUCGAGGCCGUUGAAGUAUCUGCGACGGAUCCCAUCUUCUCCGCGCACGACACCUCUGACAUCGCGAAACGCAUCGGCCUCCCUAUCUUCACGCGCCGUUGUCCCCCAGACCCGAAGUGGGCGAACAACGAAGACAAUCCGAUCUUCGAACGCCACAGCCCUUUCAAUAACCAAGACGCUACGUUCCUACAUCUGUGCCUUGAUCCCAAAACCAAGUUCGACCUUCGCUCGGGGACGUUGGGGUGGGGCUUGGCUUCCCAGCAGUGGCAGAACAGCGUGGGAAGUGCUAUCGUCGUGCGGCAGGAUAAGAAGCCACUGGCGCCGUUACAUGUGGAGGCGCUAUGUAGGUACUGUCGUGACGAUGUACUGCCGCUUCUGGCGCACUCGAUGGGGGAGUAUGCGCCGGAAGAGCCGAUGGGGAAGGAUGCUGUUCUGGCUAUGAUCUGCAGGCCUACUUUCGUGAUUUGUUGGUAUAGGCUGCUGGAGGAGAAGCAUAAAAAGGGAGAGCAUGCGAGUGCUCCUUAUCCUUAUGAUGAUGUGUAA